AUGUUUGUAGUUAAACCUCCUGCUGUUAUAAAUAAUGAUAAAUAUUAUCAUAAAAAAAACAGAGUUGUUAAAAUAUAUGAACAACAAAAGUCACCUUAUAGAACCAAUCAUAAUUAUGAUCUUCGUUUGAUUAUUCUUCGACAUGGUGAACGUAUAGAUCAAUCUCUGGGUAGUGAUUGGUACGAUAAAGUAUUCGGAGAUAUUCCAUCAGCCCCUCCACUAGCUUUUAAACAUCCAAUAUUGCCGCACCGAUUACCAUAUCGUUCCAAUACAUUACUUUACGUAUUUGAUCCACCGAUAACACGUACAGGUGAACAAAAAGCUAUUUAUAAAGGACAACAAUUAGCCCGAGUUGGUGCAACAGUUAAUUACUGUUAUUCGUCACCUGCAUCGCGUAGUAUUCUAACAGCAAAUGCAAUCUUGAAAGGAAUGAAUCGUAGUCAUAUACCUAUUCGUCCUGAACCAUACUUAUUUGAACCAUUGAAUUGGAAUUCUCCCUUACUUUUACUUAAAAGCAUCAAUCCAUUUAUGUCAACAGGUGAUUGGAAACAAGCAGACUACAAUAUUGAUCAACAUUAUUCACGUCUUAAUAAUUAUCUAAAUUCACAUGAAACUGAAAUGGAUUAUUAUAAUCGAAGUCGACAGUUUUUUGACUCGAUCGAACGUCAUCAUGGUAAAAUAUUAUCUCCGGCUUAUCAUGGACUUCUUCCACGACAACGUACAACUGUACUCAUUGUGGGCCAUGCAGCAUCAACAGAAAUGUUUUCAACUAUUGCCUUACAGAAACCUUUCGAAGUAAAAAAGUUUGGUGACCAAUGCGCUAAAGUUCCAUAUUUACAUACGGUUGUACUUGAACGUGAUGCGAUUACUCGUAUUUGGUAUUUACGUCCUGUCAUGUAUUUUAUUUAA